GAUUGUGUCAUAUUUUCAUGUUUGCACUGCUUACAUUACGUUACAUUAAAAAUCCCAGAUAAAAUAAAUAUAUAAUAGGAAAGAUUUGAACUAAAUUGUAAAAUUAAAAGGGAUAAUUAGUGAUCCCAAUUAGUGAGAUUAAUAUUAAAGUUCAGUGACUAAUGUAAGGUCAAUAUUAUGUAUACAUUACUACAUGGUUUUUACAAAUAUAUGGUUCAAAAGGAUGAAUAUUGUGUAUUAAUAUUAGGAUUAGAUAAUGCUGGUAAAACUACAUAUCUUGAAGCAGCUAAAACAAGACUUACCAAAAAUUAUAAAGGAAUGAAACCAAAUAAAAUAACAACAACAGUUGGAUUAAAUAUCGGCCAAAUAGAUGUAUCUGGCAUUCGACUCAAUUUUUGGGAUUUAGGAGGGCAAAGUGAAUUACAGUCUUUAUGGGAUAAAUAUUAUGCCGAGUCACAUGCUGUUAUUUACAUUGUCGACUCAUCAGAUCGAGAUCGAAUACCAGAUUCUAAAGAAACAUUUGAUAAAAUGAUUUCCAGUGAAUGUUUACGUGGAGUUCCAUUAUUGGUAUUAGCAAAUAAACAAGAUAUUCCAGACUGUAUGGGUGUAAGAGAAGUUAAACCAAUUUUUAAUAAAAAUGGUCAUUUAAUUGGACGAAGAGAUUGUAUGGUAAUGCCAGUGUCUGCCUUAACAGGGGAUGGUAUUAAUGAAGGAAUUUUAUGGUUAGUGGAUUGUAUCAAACGAAAUAGUGAUAUUAGACCCCCUAGAAAUUUGGAGGAAUCAUAAA